AUGCAUCGAAUACUUAUAGUGCUCAUCUUAUUAAAAAGUGUUAUCGCUGAGGAUGACAGCGAUGAAAAGUAUAUUGAUGCUUUACCUGAAGAGGAGAAGCGUGAGUUUCUAGAAAAGAUUGCGAGAAGAAUAUUUGAGGAUUAUCAGAAUAGUAAUGUGCCUAAGGUCUCAUCGGUGAAUAUUUCGGAUGAGGCCUUAGAUUCACAUACUGCUUACGUACAGAAUAUUCUAAAAGAAGAAAGGAGCAAUACGAAAAAAGCAAUAAUAAGAAGAGACAGUCAAGAUCAAAUUUCGAAAAGUAAAGAAGAUGAAAGAAAUAAUAGUGAAAAUGAAAAGUAUCUAGACUUAACUAUGCGUGCCAGUAAAAGAGAAAAACGGAGAAAUGUACAAAAUGAAAACCAUAGAAAUAAUGACAUAUUUAUUCCAGUUGUUCCUUUGUAUGAUAAUUCGGAUUCACAUAAACCAGAUAAGAAGCAUGUUCAAGUUCAACCAAUCAAUAAGUCUGCAGUAGUAGAAACAACCACAACUUAUAAGCCGUACGAAGAUAACUACGAGAGUUCACCAAAAAGUUUAAGGCAUUCUUUUAUUUAUGAUGAUAGUGAAGACGUUGAUAACCAUAAAUCUACAAUAAUUGAUCAUUUUGAACCAAGUUCAAGAGAUAAUAAUGAAAAAUCAUCAGAUGAAUCAAAAAGUUCGUUUGAAAACAAUACAACUGAUGACACUGUCACAUCCACAACUACAGUCAAUAUUAUUAAUUUACGCAAAACUAUCAACGAUGAACCAAGCUUAUUGCAGAAUCCCAUUGAUAAUGAAACUAUUGAAUUAAAAUCUGUAGAAAAUUUUUCAAAACUUAAUGAAAGUAUACAGCUUGUAACAGAUAAAGUAAUAAAUAAUGAUUAUUCAGAAGUAACUAUGAAACCUCACUCAAUUGCAUUUGAUAAAAAUAUACUAGAUAUCAUAAAAGAUAAUCCAGCACUCGUAAGAAGUAAAACAGUUUUAGAUGGUAGUGUAUCGGUUAAAACAGAUCCAAAUAUAGGAAAUAGUGCAAAAAGUGUCAUAAUCAAUCAAUCAGAACCUAUCAGUGGUUCCAAUAUAACAGAAGAAGAAUUAUAUAACACAACUAAAGCUGUGAUAACAGAAAUAUCUGACUUUAAAACAGAGAAUGUUGUAACCGUUGAGCCCAAUACAAGAAAUAGUUCACUUGACGUUACAGACGACAAUAAUGAACAACUUCUUAAAAGCAAAGAUAAUGUAUUAUACAGAGCCCGAAAGACAUAUCCCCAGAAAAAAAUAGAGGAGGAUAGAACUUUUAUGAAAAAUGUUAAUAAAAUUCAUAGUUGGGGAAGCAGAUCAAGCGAAAACAAGUCUGUAUAUUAUGUAUAUGAAGUUUCUGCUGAGCGACCCCCUUUUGUAGCCAAAAAAUCUCAGAAAGAUAAUGAACAUUCACAUUAUGCACCGGUUUACAAUUACUCUCCAGAAAAUGCAUACUACAACCCUUAUAACCGCUUUGGACCAAAUGAGAACGAUAUGGAUAGUGAAGAAUCUCAGGAACAGUUCAGAAACAAAAAAACUAUUGUAAAACAGAACCAACGGAGUAGAUUUAAAAAUAUUAACAAUAAUUUUUAUAAUCCAUACAAGUUAAAUCUGUACAAUAUUUUGAAACAUAAAAACCCCUAUAAUAUAAUGGUCCCGCAGCCAGUUAUACCCAACAGUAAUAACUACAAUCCCAAUGAUUAUAUAGAUAUGGACUAUUUCUUCGGAAGGAAUAAUAAUUAUAUGAGACAAGGAAAAUUCAACGGGGAAAAUUUACCAGAUACAAAUGAAAGUGAUCAUCCUUACACAAAUUAUCAUAAAAGUAACACAAUCAACUAUAUAGAUGCUGUAAGGAAACUACUAUUUGCAAAACAAAUGUUUGGUUAUGUACCAACUGUAAAUGAGACACGACAACGACAUCCGAAAACACUUCGUGAUAACAUACAUGACAUAUUUAAUAUCGAUAAUGGUAAAGAUAAAGAUGAAAUUUCAAUCGAUUAUUAUUUUGGAAGGCAGAACUCUCAUGAGGAAAUAGAUAAAUUUAAUAAUCAACUCUACAUGUAUCACCAAAUUCAUCCUAUGACUCCGAUUCCAGUUAAACGUAAUAAAUUCAAAAUUAAAUCUAAAACAAACGCAGAUAUUGGUGGAAAAGAAAUAGAUUUAGUACAAUCAACGUAUACCGUAAUUAAGGAUUUUAUUAAAAUGAAUAAUGAUGCUUUGGUAAAUUAUGAUUGGCUCAGAACAGCCGUCGAUGUCCAAACUGCUUUAGAAAAAUUAUAUGAUUUAACAGAGGGCCUAAAAGCUAGCGAAAACUUACAUACCUACGACUUGGAACUUUUAAAAUACGUCGUCUACUUAUACAAAUCAUCAGAUUUAGCAUUAAACGACACUAUAAGCUUAACGUCCCUACAAACAACCCUCAAUGAGCUAAGAAAGAACAUAAAAGCGAAAAGCCUAGUACCAAAAAUAAAUAAAAAGAAAAAAGGUUUCAAAUCGGCUGUGAAAAUGUGGAGGGAAUUCGCUACUUUCCUUAGAAGCCUAAUGCAGAGCAAAAAGGAAUUUCUCAAUAAUUUUCAAAGCAUUCUGGUUGAAGUACAGUUCUUUUUGAAUGACUUUCACGAUGCAAUCAAACACGUUGCUUUGAUAACUACAUAUAAAUCACAAAAUUGGUAUACGGACCUCAAAAACUUGUACUUCCGGCAUGCGGACAGAAGAAAAAUACUUACCAUACUUCUGCAUUUAAGUGCAUCCAAGCUAUUUGACCUAAUAGAAGACACUAAGGAUAUUCUAGAAGAUAGUUUUCUAAGUUUUGUAAAAAAUAAUAAGGAAGAGGUAGAUAAAGCAAGAAAUGAAUUUGUAUACAUUUUAAAAUUAUUAAGUGAGCUAAGAAAAAUAAAUUAA